AAGGAUUUGAACAACAGGACGAAUUCGUCGUAACGCCCAGCCGUUGCCACAUAAAGUUGUUUUUCCCGGAACCCUUGGGCAUGGAGGGUUUCCUCAAGCAGAAGUGCGGCAACCAGGACGGGCAGGGCGGCACCCAGCAGGUUCGCGGCGUAUUCAAGUGGGGAUUCGCCCGACGCUCUGGUGCUACGUUUGCUGGCUGUCAUCUCGCAGAUCACUUUAAAGCACGCCCUCGAAAUCCGUGAGUUGCAGGCCGCCAAGUUCCGCGUCAUUCUGAUGCCGGUGAUGGCUCUCGCAGUGCAGGCCAUGAAGUCUGCAACGCAGCAGUUCGCCGAGGAGUUCCGCGCCGCCGCUUCGGGGCAAGGGACGGCGCCGGUCGGCGAGCCCCACGCUCACGCAUGGACGGCUUUGGUGAUGAACGCGGUGACCACCACCGCCCUAGAGGACCCGCAUCUGAAGCUUCUCUCGGCACACGGGUCUGCUAUGAAGACCCCCGAUCACAUUCUCCCACGCAUCCAUGUCUGCAAGGUGAAGAUCGAGAAGGGACAUGUGAAAGUCUACCUCGCCACCAAAUCGUCUCCAGACUGCUUGGCCCCGGCGGGCGCCGCCAUCGCCCACCUCCUCAAGCAGGGCGGCAAGGAGGAGCAGGUCCAGGCUCCGCGUCGUCUAGUUUAUUCAGCGGCGUGCAUUUGAGCGGCU